CGGUGACGUCAGAAAGGUCGUGGGUGAGAGGUGAUCGGGACACAUCUUGUUGUCUUUGUAAGAGUGGAGCUCGAUCACGCAGCCGUGUCUUCCCUCUUCCCCGAAUCCUCUCAAAACUCCCUCCCGAACCUCCCCCUCUUACCCUCCGGACCCUCGAACCCUCUCCCCUUCCCGGAGCGCGCGUCAGGUUGAUCGCCCGUGAGCACAGAUCCAGGGCUCUUCUCGUUGAUCAUCAUGGACUCUGGUGUGAUUGAAGGAGGACUGAACGUCACGCUCACCAUCAGACUGCUCAUGCAUGGCAAAGAAGUGGGCAGCAUCAUCGGAAAGAAAGGUGAAUCGGUGAAGAAGAUGCGGGAGGAGAGCGGCGCUCGGAUCAACAUCUCUGAAGGGAACUGCCCCGAGCGCAUCAUCACCCUCGCAGGCCCCACCACGGCCAUCUUCAAAGCCUUCUCCAUGAUCAUCGAGAAGCUGGAGGAGGACAUCAGCAGCUCCAUGUCCAACAGCACGGCCACCUCCAAGCCCCCGGUCACGCUGAGGAUCGUGGUGCCGGCCAGCCAGUGCGGGUCGCUCAUCGGCAAGGGCGGCUGCAAGAUCAAGGAGAUCAGGGAGUCCACAGGAGCUCAGGUACAGGUGGCUGGAGACAUGCUGCCCAACUCUACUGAGAGAGCCAUCACCAUCGCCGGGACCCCGCUGUCCAUCAUCGAGUGUGUCAAACAGAUCUGUGUGGUCAUGCUGGAGUCGCCUCCCAAAGGUGUGACCAUCCCGUACCGACCCAAACCCUCAGGAUCGCCUGUCAUUUUUGCAGGAGGACAGGCAUACGCGGUGCAGGGACAACAUGCCAUUCCUCAGCCUGAUCUCACUAAACUCCAUCAGUUGGCGAUGCAGCAGAGUCCGUUUCCUCUGGCCCCCAGCAGCCAAGGCUUCACUGGUAGAUCCCUCUCUCAGACACUCUUGCUCUGCGUCUGCUCCUGUCAUUGGCUGAUUGUGUUUCUCUGUUCUGCAGCUGGGAUGGACGCUACUGCACAGACAGGCUCUCAUGAACUGACCAUUCCUAACGACUUGAUUGGCUGCAUCAUCGGCCGUCAAGGUGCCAAGAUCAAUGAGAUUCGUCAGAUGUCAGGGGCACAGAUCAAGAUCGCCAAUCCAGUGGAGGGUUCGAGCGACCGGCAGGUCACCAUCACCGGCUCACCGGCCAGCAUCAGUCUGGCUGAGUACCUGAUCAACGCACGGCUCUCAUCCGAGGCGACAGGAAUGGCUGCAAACUGAUGCUGUCCGCCCCUUUCUCCUCCUCCAUCACAUUACGCUCUCUAAGUGCAAAAGAAAACCAAGUAUUUUCAACCCCUCUUUUCCUUUCACCCACCCCAAGCUAUGCUUCAUGGAUAUACACAAGUAUUUUAUUUAUUUAUUUCAUGAAAAUGUUUUUAAAAUCCCUUUGCGUACAGUUUUUAAUGUCUAUUUUCUUUGCAUAUUUUGUCAGUUAACAUAACCGUAUGGAAGUGACAGUGGAGAAAGUGGAAAAAUCUGAAAACACGUACAUGUUUUUGUUAUCUCAGAUUUUUCUUAUAAAAACAGAAAAAAAUAAAAAAGAGAGCAACUACAAACGAUAGGUUGACCGCUUUCCCUGUAUCAAAGAUUUAUUUAUUUUAAUUUAACUCUAGGAAGUUACAGAUUUUAAAAUCCUAGAAAUGGGCUUUAGAGAAGAAGCUCUGUUUUCUGCAUCAGAUCGAUGUGAGUCUGAGCUGUUUCAGGUGACUUGUGUUUUUUUGUUUUUUUUAUGGGGGGACGUUUGAAUGUGUCAUUCCUCAAUAUUUGUCUUUUUUUUUUUUUUAUCCUGAAGUUGGAGAUUUUGUUAGAGGGAGGGAUGGGAGAUGCUGCAGUUUCUGCAUUAAUGACAUUUCUGCUAUAAUGAUGAGUUGAAAAUAUUUCUUUGAGAGAGAAUAUUGUUUUUUUUAACCCUGUGGUGUAGAGCCCAGACUGGAGGAUUCCCAAUCAACAUUUAUAUGAUGAUGCGACUGAGUUACUGAUCAAUUACAUGACUAGAAGGAACUUUCUAGAAUUAACACUAGUUUCCUCUCUGCUCUGCCUGAGUAAUAGUUAUGUUCUCUAUUUUUAUUUCAUUUUUAUUUCUUUUUGUUUUGUUUUCUUGCGGGAGGAAGGAAAACCUAAAACUUUUUUUGUGCACGUUUUCAGAAUAUUGUAGAUUUGGAGUGCAGCUGGAAUGAAGAAUUAAACAUGCAAAAUUAAAACAUGAAAUGCUAAACCUA